UCUGUCAGUCAAUCAGUGAUUUAUUUUGUAAAAUUUUGGUUAUUUGCUACACGUGAUUAUAGAAAUUAUUUUAUGAAAAAUUUAAAUAUUCUAUAAUGACGAAUAUUUUAAAAGAAAUUUAUGAAAAGACUGCAGAGUUCACAGCGUUUUAUACUGGCGGAGAAAUACAAUGGACUACAGACGGCGCACAUCUUCUAUGCCAGUGUGAGGAUGAUAUAAAAGUAAUAGAUGUUAAUAAUGUAGCCACGGUUCUUGCUAUUGGAGAAACAAAUGAAAACACUGAAAGUGAUCAGAUUUACACGUUUCAAAUAUCACAUGACAACGAAACUGUUAUUACGGCACAUAAAAGCGGGUUGAUGAAAUUAUGGGAUAGGAAUACUGGAAAAGAACAAAAGAAAUGGAGGUCAGGUCACAAAGGCCCUGUAGCCCGACUAGCAUUUGACUCAACUGAUGUAAACAUAGCUUCAGGUGGCUCUGAUGGUAAUAUACGGCUAUGGAAUCUAGCCCAUCAUACUUGCACAAGUAGUUUAAGAGGAGCCCUUGGCGUUUUUACUGUACUCAAAUAUCAUCCUGAUUCCACAAAACAUUUAAUUUUUGGAGCAGCAGAUGAUACUAAAAUAAGGUCAUGGAAUUCUACUAAUGGAAAAGAGAAUGUGAUAUACUCAGGACAUUUCAGUAAAGUAACAUCAUUGUUGUUUACCAUUGAUGGUGAAUAUAUGAUCAGUUCUGGUAGAGACAGAGUGUUAAUUUUAUGGAAAUUGAAUGAAAGUAAAGCUCUAAGAGUUAUUCCAGUGUAUGAAAGUAUUGAAACAGCAUUACUUUUACCUCAGACAUUUAAAAUUCCAAAUUUUACUAAAAAGUUGGAAACUGAGGGGAUUUAUGUUGCAUGUGCAGGUGAAAAAGGAGUAAUAAAAAUAUGGAAUAUGCAUAUGAGUCGUUUAAUGUAUGAGCAGAACAAUAGCUUGGUUUCUCCUGCAUCAGAAGAGGGUGGAUUAGCAAUUCAACAUCUUUUAUUCAAUGAAGCCAGGAAUAUGUUAUCUGUAGUUACUGUUGAUCACAAUAUAAUUAUUCAUGACCUUGAAACAUUUGGUUGUGUGAAACAAUUGAUUGGUUUUACAGAUGAGAUUUUAGAUAUCAUCUUUAUUGGUGAAGAUGAAACUCACAUUGUUGUUGCCACAAAUAGUAAAGAUUUAAAAUAUUAUGAUCUGCAAAGUAUGAAUUGCCAGAUAAUUAAAGGCCAUACAGACAUUGUAUUAUCUUUAGCAAGAUUUCCAACUAAACCACAAAUGUUUAUAUCUUCAGGUAAAGAUAAUUCUGUUAGAAUUUGGCUUCAAGAUGCAAAUAAUGAUAUAAAAUGUAUAGGAAUUGGAACAAGGCAUACUGCUUCUGUGGGAUCAGUGUUUACCUCUCAAACAUCUUCUGAUUUUUUCACAUCAGUCAGUCAGGAUAACUGCUUGAAAGUUUGGCAAGUACCUAAAGAUAUAGAGAUAUUUGACCAAAAGAUAAAAUCAACUCAUACUGAAUUAGCUCAUAAUAUGGAUAUAAAUUGUGUAGCUGUUUCACCAAAUGAUAAGAUGAUAGCUACCGGCUCUCAGGAUAAGACAGUAAAGUUGUGGACAGAAGAUUUAACACUAUUAGGGAUACUCAAAGGACAUAGAAGAGGAGUAUGGUGUUCUUGUUUCUCGCCAGUUGACCAAGUAAUACUGACAUCUUCUGCUGACUCUUCUAUAAAAUUGUGGUCCAUAGCAGACUUAAGCUGUUUGAAGACUUUUGAAGGCCAUGAAAGUUCAGUUUUAAAAAUUGAAUUUCUCAGCAAAGGACAACAAAUUAUAUCAAGUGGUGCUGAUGGCCUUUUAAAAUUAUGGUCUAUAAAAAGUUCAGAGUGUAAAAUGUCUUUAGAUAAUCAUGAUGGAAAGAUAUGGUCUUUGGCAGUUAACAAAGAUGGAUGCUUAUUAAUAACAGGGGGAUCAGAUUCGAAAUUAGUAAUUUUAAAGGAUGUAACAAUGGAACACCGUGACCAGAGAAAUAAGGAGAGGGAACAACAAAUAUUACAAGAACAAGAGUUAAUGAAUCUUCUACAUGACAAAAAAAUGGUGAAAGCUCUGAAAUUAGCACUACGCAUGGAGCGACCUCUACAUGUUUUAAAAAUAAUAAAUGAAAUUUUAAAAAAUGGAAAUGACAAACUAUUCGAAACUCUUAAAGAAAUAAACCACACUCAAAAAGAAACCUUAAUACGAUUUGCUACAGAAUGGAAUACUAACAAUAAAAACUGUCAUGCUGCACAACUCAUAUUUCACAUAUUAACUCCUGAAAUUAUUUCUGGUAACUUAACGUUGCCUCAUCUUGAUAGUUUUAUUGAAGGUGCAUUGCCCUACAGUGAAAGGCAUUAUGAUAGAUUAACCAAUUUAUUACAAGAUUUAAAUUUAAUAUCAUAUACUGUUAACUGUAUGCAACCCCAUGCUAUUAAAAAUUAA